AAUAAUGCUGAAGUAGUUGUUUACGAGCUCGAACUUGUGUGGCUAGCUUUGUUUUGCUAUUUGAACGAGUUGAUGUCUCAUAAUGCCUAAUAGAUAUACCUCCAUUCCAGAGCCUGGCCAAGUGAAUAUUUAUAUGGAUGAUAAUGAAAGGAAGGCACUACACCAUUGGCACUAAGUCAUGUCAACUGCUACAUGUACCUUUUCCUCUGUUUGUUUUGUCACAGACUACAUUGGAAAGCCAAGUUACAAUGUCUUGGAAUGGUUUAUUCUGUCUAUUGUGCAUUUAAUUUGGGCAAUCAGUUUACCAGUGACUUGGUGGUGUAGUUUCAAGAUGAUACCUCAGUAUGAAAGGGCACUUAUCUAUAGACUUGGGAGACUGCAAAGAGCAAAAGGCCCAGGUUUGAUCUAUGUCAUUCCUUGCAUUGAUAGAUGGAAGAAAGUUGACAUGCGAAUGAGAGCUUUCAAUGUUCCUCCCCAAGAGGUUUUUACCAUAGAUGGUGGGCUGCUUAAAAUCGGAUCAGAUGUUCAGUAUAGAAUAAUGGACCCAAUGGCAUCAUUUAAUGAGCUGCAGGACCUAAACCACACUUUGAGAGUAACUGCAGUGGCAGCAUUGAACAAUGGCCUUGCAGGAAAAAAACUUGCAGAGAUUGAGAAUGAAAAGAAUUAUUUAAAUGCUAUCUUUCAGAAUAAUCUAAACAGAACAGUAUUCCCAUGGGGUCUUGAAAUUGCGAGGUUUGAGUUGACCAAGUCAACUAUUCUCAAAUCAUCUAAAGGAGGUGGUGAUGACUUUCCGGCAGAUCAAGAUCCAUUGCAAUCAGUUCUCUCAGCAUUAAAAGCAGGAUUCACAUCAGGAGCGAACCCGUUUGCGUCUGCUCUAGGAGCAGCACCAACAGUCAGUCAUGCACCCGAUCCAGAUCUUUUGACACCAUCUGAGCUCUUUGCAAUGACUAAAGGGUUUCUAAGUGAAGAAAUUGUGAAGAAAAUUGAUGCUGUCUUUGAGUUUGAUAUAUCUGGUAACAAUGGUGGCAUGUGGUGCUUAGACUUAAGGAAUGGACAAGGGUAUGUUGGAAAAGGAAAAGCACCAUGUGACCCAGAUGUUCGCAUCAGAAUUAAAGAUACUGACUUUCAAAGCAUGUAUUAUGGCAGACUGCCCCCAACCAAUGCCUACAUGAAUGGGAAAAUGGUAAUUGAAGGAGAUAUUAAAGCAGCAAUGAGAUUGGAAGAUCUUAUUAAAUGUAUAAAAGAGCAGCAAGUGAAAUCAUAGUUGCUGGGAGAUACAUGCAUCAUAAUUGAAGAAUUGUCAUGGACCAAUUACAUAUUAUGCAGAAUGUAGCAAAUCUACAAUUCUUGAGAGACAUUGAUGAGACUUUGUAUCUAUCCCCACAGUUUAAUUUUUUAUACACCUGUGCUAUGUUUGUGCCCAACUUUGGAUGUUAAGGGGGCAUUGUACUAUACAUCACUGCUACAUGUGUUGAGGGCAAUGUCUCAACAGCGAUGUCUAGAAUUGUUUGUAUUUGUUAGAGACAAGAUCUGCUCUGGUUUUAUUGUAAGUAUUAACAGCACUUCUUAAUUGUCCAAAAUGUACCCUCAUUUGACAAGAACCUUAGAUAUGCACCCAUUCUCUAGCCAUGGCCCAUUCCCACCCACUGAAGCAAAUUAUGGCAUUGCAUAUGGAAGACUGAGCAAUUCCACAAUUUUUCAGCAAGAGCAUUUGAUCCUGGGGUUCAAAGAAUGCAGCAUUGAGUCAAUAUUUAUUUUUGGUAAAUAACUUUCUUAUGCCACUUGUAUUCUUAAAAGUAGAAUUGCAUGUAAGCACGCGAACAAAUUAUUUGGUUUAAAAUGUUUGUAAUUUAAUUAAAUUGUUCCAUAUUGAUAUUAUGCACCA